AUGUGUGACAUAGAGAAUAUUUAUAACAAUAAAAAUGAUUAUUGCAAUUUAGGGGAUAUGGAAAAUGACAAUUGUAGUGAAGAAGAUAUUGAUAACUAUAAUGGAAGUAUCAAAUAUGAAAUUAAUAUACAUGAAAAUUCUCAUUCUUAUGUAAAUGUGUUAUAUUUCAAAAAAUUAAAAUUAAAUAAAAGAAUAUUUGGAAAAUUAAAAGAUAAAAAUAUAGUUAUAUACUUAAAAUAUAAAGAUAGCAAAUGUACAAGUAAAAAUAUACAUGUAACAGAGCCUGAAAUAACCAACUUAUAUUUAUGUUUUUUAAUUACUGAACCAUUCAUAAAAGAUGAAAAAAAUAUAAUAAAAAUAUAUAUAAAAUAUUUUAAAGAUAGCAAAUAUAAAAUAUUAUCCUUUGGGUUUUUGGAGUUAAAUUUAAUAGAUUUCAGUGAGAAAUUUUAUAAAAAAAAAAGUUAUAUGUUAUGUUAUGAUAAAAAUAAUAAUAAAUAUAUUUUUGGAUAUUUUAUAUUAAUUUUGGCAAAUCAAAUUAAAUGGACUGUAUAUAAUAAUAAUGUCUCAUAUGAAAUUACGAAAAAUUCAUAUUUUAUAAAUAAUCAAAUAAAUUAUGAUGAACAACUUCUUUAUAUAUGUAAAAAAAUUGAACAAAUUUUAUUAAAAUCUGUUUCCACAAAUAAAUCGAAUAGUAUAAAAAAUAGUAAAAAUAAAGACUUAUUAAAACAUUUUAGUGUAACACACAGUUGUCCAGCAACCUUUAGAAUAACAUCAAAAGAGAGAAACACCUUAAAUGAUAAUAUUAUAUCCAAACAGACUGAAAAUCAAAAAGAUGUUAAAGAAAUAAGUUAUCAAACUAUUGGGGUAAGUAAUGUUGAUGAAAAAUGUGAAAGCCCCAAGAUCAAAGCAAAUGAUAGCAAUUUUGGUAACCAUAUAAAACAAGUUGGCCAAGACGAAAAUAUUGAUGAAAAUAUUGAUGAAAAUAUUGAUGAAAAUAUUGACGAAAAUAAUGACGAAAAUCUAGACAAAAAUAGUGAUGAAAAUAUUGACGAAAAUAAUGACGAAAAUCUAGACAAAAAUAGUGAUGAAAAUAUUGACGAAAAUAAUGACGAAAAUCUAGACAAAAAUAGUGAUGAAAAUAUUGACGAAAAUAAUGACGAAAAUCUAGACAAAAAUAUUGACAAAAAUUUCUCUUUAAAUGAGGCAACAUACUCUAAAAAGUUUAUUUUAAAUAAAAAUAUUAAAAAACAUAAAUCACUCCAAAACUUUAAUAAUCAUAAUCCUCGCCUAAAAAUGCCAUCAAAUUAUUUAAAUUCAAAAAAAACAAAUUUUGAUGACAACUCAAUUUGUAAUUAUCAUAGUGAUGGCGCAAUUAAAAAAGCAUUUUCAGAAAACGCCUUAAGUAGAAUAAUUUUAGAUGAAUAUAAAAAUAUAGAAAAGUUAAAUUUGUUAAAAAAAAAUAUAACAAUAAAACCAAAACCAAAAUUAAAUUUAAAACCUUUGGAUAAUAAAAUAAAUAAUUUUAUAAUUAAAAGUAAAAAUAAUAUAUCAACAAAUAAAACCAAAUCUUUCUUGGAAAAACAUCAUAAAAUAUAUUAUGCUCGAAAUAAUAAAAUACCUAUAAAACAAAUAGAAUCCCUUAUAAAUAUAACACAAAAAGAAGAAACAAAAGAGAAUUAUCAUAUUUAUUGUAUACACAAUAUAUUUGAUGGGGAUAGGGUUGAGGAUUUAAGCGACCAUAGCAACAAUGUAUCUACUUGUUUAGAAAAAAAAAUGAGUAAUUCUAUUACACAAUCAUUAGAUGGAUUAAAAAAUACUACUGACAUUUUGACAGAGGUUCAGAAACAAAUAGAUGAAUCACAUAAGUUACAUGAUAAGAAUGAAUUUAAUGAAAUUUGUAAUUAUAACUAUCCAGAUGUUGAUAAUAAUAAAAGAGAAGAAACAGAGUCAAUUUAUGAGGAUGAAAAUUUAUUUGACAUAUUUAUAUUAAAAAAAUUAGAAAAUAUAUUAAAUAAUAAUUUAGACAAUUUUAUAGAACAAGCCGAAUUUAUUUUACAUCAUAUGAAAAAAAAAAUUCUAAAAAAAAAUGAAUUUUUUGCAGAACAAAUAAAAAAUCAAUAUAGCACAAAUACGGUUCUAAUAAAAAAAGAUAUUUUCGAUAAAAAAAAUGAUCAAUCCAGUUUAACAAAUGAUGAAAACAAUGGAUGUUGUGUGCUAUCCAAGCAAGAUGAGUAUACAGAAAAAAAUAUAAAUUAUAAUGUAAAAAAUGAUAUCCUUAAAAUUUUAGAGAAUUGUAUUCAUACUACAUUAUUAUAUAUACAAUUUGUGUUAAAUGACAAAAAUGUUGAUACAACUCAAAAAGAUAUAUUUAUAACAUACAAAGAAAUAAUAAAUAAUAUAAAAAACGCAAUAGAUGAUUGCAAAAAACAAAAAGAAAUUCUUUCAUUAAAUUGUGCAAAUAAUAUCAACUUUGAUAGUUUAUCUAAAGAUCGAAAAAAUGCAUUAUUAACCAUUACCAAAUCAGAAAACGAAAAUGUUAUGGAAAAAAUAAACUCCUACUCAUAUUUUAAUGAUGAUUCAUGCUUGUCCAUGAGUAGUUGCUCCGAUUCCUCACAAACCGAAGAAAUAAUGAUAUUUAAACCAGUUAAUUAUAUCAAUAAAAAUAUAUCUACUUCUAUUCAAUAUUAUCAAAAAAAAUGGAAGUACAAAUUAUCUAAGGUGGGAAUGUAUGUAUAA